UCUCUAUUUUUUCUCAGCUUGGCCCCGUGAGGUCGUUAGUUGUGUGCUGUGCCUGCCUUGUGAGUUGUGACUCGCUUUUACUCCCUCUUUCUCUCCGCUAUAAAUACAAAUCCAAGUCGGCGCGCGCUUUCAGCUUCGUCUCAGCAGUUCCGAGCUCGCGAGUUCCCGUUGUGUUCACCAAGAGGCGUGGGAUCCCUGCGAGUUGCGUCUUCGGAGUUUUUGGUGCUGGCGAUGGCGGAGGAGAAGGACGAGGAGGGAGUUUUCGCGGCGAAGAAGAUAACUAUUGGAGUCUGCGUUAUGGAAAAGAAGGUGAAAUGUGGCUACGAGGUUUUCUCAGCGCCUAUGGAGCAGAUUCUUCAGAGAUUACAAGCGUUUGGUGAAUUUGAGGUCGUACAUUUUGGUGACAAGGUCAUCCUCGAAGAACCAAUUGAGAGCUGGCCAGUGUGCGAUUGUUUGAUUGCUUUUCAUUCCUCUGGAUAUCCCCUGGAAAAGGCUGAAGCAUAUGCUGCUUUAAGAAAACCCUUUCUAGUAAAUGAACUGGAGCCGCAACACCUUCUUCAUGAUCGAAGAAAAGUAUACGAGCAUCUUAAGAAGUUUGGAAUCUCUGUUCCAAGAUAUGCCCUUGUAAAUAGGGAAGUACCUUACCAACAGCUGGAUUACUUCAUUGAGGAAGAAGAUUUUGUUGAGGUUCAUGGUAUGCGUUUCUGGAAGCCAUUUGUGGAGAAGCCUAUUGAUGGUGAUAAUCAUAGUAUAAUGAUAUACUAUCCCAGUUCAGCUGGUGGAGGCAUGAAGGAAUUAUUUAGGAAGGUUGGCAACAGGUCUAGUGAGUUCCAUCCAGAGGUGAGAAGAGUGAGGCGUGAAGGCUCAUAUAUUUAUGAGGAGUUCAUGCCAACUGGAGGGACAGAUGUUAAGGUAUAUACAGUUGGCCCUGAAUAUGCUCAUGCUGAGGCAAGGAAGUCUCCUGUGGUUGAUGGUGUUGUGAUGAGAAAUCCUGAUGGGAAGGAAGUUAGGUAUCCAGUGCUACUGACUCCUGCUGAGAAACAAAUGUCAAGAGAAGUUUGCAUUGCUUUCAGGCAAGCGGUUUGUGGGUUUGAUCUCUUGAGGUGCGAAGGCCGCUCCUAUGUUUGUGAUGUGAAUGGAUGGAGCUUUGUUAAAAACUCACACAAGUAUUAUGAUGAUGCUGCUUGUGUACUGCGGAAGAUGUUUUUAGAUGCAAAAGCACCUCAUCUUUCUUCAGCAAUUCCACCAACUUUACCAUGGAAAGUAAAUGAACCAGUCCAACCUUCUGAGGGACUCACUCGUCAGGGUAGUGGUAUUAUUGGCACUUUUGGACAAUCUGAGGAACUACGCUGUGUAAUUGCUGUUAUUCGUCAUGGUGAUAGAACUCCCAAACAGAAGGUGAAGCUAAAAGUUACUGAGGAAAAGCUGCUAAACCUAAUGAUGAAAUACAAUGGAGGCAGACCUAGAGCUGAGACAAAACUCAAAAGUGCUGUUCAACUUCAAGAUCUGUUAGAUGCCACACGCAUGCUAGUUCCUCGUACAAGACCAGAUCGAGAAAGUGAUAGUGAGGCUGAAGUUGAGCAUGCUGAAAAGCUCCGUCAAGUUAAAGCUGUUCUCGAAGAGGGCGGGCAUUUCUCUGGCAUAUAUAGAAAGGUUCAACUAAAGCCACUAAAGUGGAUCAAAGUGGCCAAAAGCAGUGGUGAAGGUGAAGAAGAGAGACCUGUUGAAGCUCUGAUGGUUCUUAAAUAUGGUGGCGUUCUUACACAUGCUGGCAGAAAGCAGGCUGAAGAACUAGGAAGGUAUUUCCGGAAUAAUAUGUAUCCAGGAGAAGGUACAGGGCUGCUUCGCCUCCAUAGCACGUACCGUCAUGAUCUUAAGAUAUACAGCUCUGAUGAGGGUCGUGUGCAGAUGUCUGCAGCCGCUUUUGCCAAAGGUCUUCUUGAUCUUGAAGGGCAGCUAACACCAAUCCUGGUUUCACUUGUUAGUAAAGACUCCUCCAUGUUGGAUGGGCUUGACAAUGCCAGUAUUGAAAUGGAAGAAGCCAAGGCUCGGCUAAAUGAAAUCAUAACCUCUAGUUCAAAGACAAUCCAUAGCAAUGGAUCACCUGAAUUUUCUUGGAUGGUUGAUGGUGCUGGAUUGCCACCUAAUGCGUCAGAAUUGCUUCCCAAGUUGGUAAGUUUGAUUAAGAAGGUUACUGAACAAGUAAGACUGCUUGCCACGGAUGAAUAUGAGAAACUUGCAGAAACGAGCUUAUAUGAUGUAAUUCCUCCUUAUGACCAAGCAAAAGCACUUGGGAAGACAAAUAUUGAUGUUGAUAGCAUAGCUGCUGGAUUACCUUGUGGUAGUGAAGGGUUUCUAUUAAUGUAUGCUCGGUGGAAAAAGCUUGAAAGGGACCUGUAUAAUGAACGGAAGGAGCGCUUUGACAUCACCCAAAUUCCUGAUGUCUAUGAUUCAUGCAAAUAUGAUCUCUUGCAUAAUGCACAUCUUAAUCUAGAGGGAUUGGAUGAGCUUUUUAAGGUUGCUCAGGCACUUGCAGAUGGUGUAAUUCCAAAUGAAUAUGGAAUUAAUCCGAAGCAGAAGCUAAAGAUUGGCUCAAAGAUUGCACGUCGAUUAUUGGGCAAACUUUUAAUUGAUCUGAGGAACACCCGUGAGGAAGCCAUUAGUGUUGCUGAGUUAAAGAGUAAUCAAGAUCACGAUUCAUCAUCCAUGAAAACUGAAAAGGAAGAUACAGAGGCCAAGUCAAAACUUCUCAAUAAGAAUGACGAGAUAAGGAAAUCCAACAGUGAUAUAUCAAUGGAUCAAGAUGAUGAUGAUGAUAAAGAGACCAAAUAUCGUUUGGAUCCAAAGUAUGCAAAUGUAAAAACACCAGAACGCCAUGUGCGGACACGCCUAUACUUCACAUCAGAAUCACAUAUCCAUUCUCUCAUGAAUGUUCUUCGUUAUUGUAAUUUGGAUGAAUCUCUUCUAGAAGAAGAGAGCCUCGUUUGUUAUAAUGCUCUAGAGCGCCUCUAUAGAACAAAGGAGCUUGACUAUAUGAGCUAUAUUGUCCUGAGGAUGUUUGAAAGCACGGAGGUGGCCUUGGAAGAUCCAAAAAGGUUCCGUAUAGAGCUGACCUUUAGCCGUGGUGCUGAUUUAUCCCCCUUGGAGAAAAAUGAUAGUGAGGCCGCUUCAUUGCACCAGGAGCACACACUACCUAUUAUGGGUCCUGAAAGGCUACAAGAAAUAGGAUCGUAUCUCACAUUGGAAAAAAUGGAGAUGAUGAUUCGUCCAUUUGCAAUGCCUGCAGAAGACUUUCCUCCACCGGCAACACCUGCGGGAUUCUCUGGUUAUUUCUCAAAAAGCGUACUUGAGCGUCUAGUAAAUCUUUGGCCUUUCCAUAAGCAUGCUAAUUCUAAUGGGAAAUAGUUAACUAGUUAAAUACUUUCUCCCUCUGCUUUAAUGUUCCAGCUUGAUGUUUCUUAAUGUACAUGGUAAAAUUCUGAUACAACCAAAGCGAGCUUUGGGCUCCUUUUGAAAUUUUUUUGAAGCAAACUUCUUCCAGCCAAAAUGGCAAGUUAUACAAAAUAGCCAGUGGUUAAAGCCAGAUUCUCGUCCAGCUCUUUCUAUUAUUAUGCUUUGUUUAGGGUUUAGGUUUAAUUAUUUUUACCUUAUUUAAUAAUACUCCUCCUAAAAUAUUAUUUCUUUAAUAUAUGAUUUUUAAGUUGUAAUA